AAAGAUGAAUGACCAUGAGGUGAAGCAAAAAUGCAAAGAUGUGGUAAAUAUUGAAGCAGUGUGAGCUUGCUUGAGAGAGAAAGCAGGAGAAAGAAAAAAAGGGGGAGUUGGAGAGAGGUAGAAAAAAAGUGAAGAGAAGAAAGAAAGGGAGUACAGCCAACUGGCAUAGUUGAGUAAUUCGGCUCAGCUCUAAAAGUCUCAGGCGGCCCAGACUCCAAACCACACGGACCAAGGUCCUCUCUGCAUGCUCUACAACUGCAAUAUGGUGGGUCUGUAAAAGGAGGACAGUUGAAUUCAGGGAGAUAGAGAGUGAGGCACAGUUAAGAACCACUGUUUUGAUUUCUUGUGGAGUUUGGUCUCUGUAGAGCCUCCUUGGUGCUUUAUUGCAUGGGCUAAAUUCUGUUGGUAUUUGACGUUGAAAGCCAGACCUACAGUACAAUGGGCCUGCAGAAUGGAGUAUGAUAUUGAUUUCUACAAACAUUUCACCUGGCUCAGAAAGGUAAACCUCCAUUCAAACGGCAACAGUGAGUCCUACCAGGAGCGGUUAUCACGUCUGGAGGGAGACAAAGAGUCAUUAAUUCUGCAGGUGAGUGUGCUGACAGACCAGGUGGAAGCUCAGGGGGUGAAGAUCAGCGAUCUAGAGAGUUCUCUGGUGGAGCAUCAGCACAAACUCAACUCCACAGAGGAGAUGCUACAGCAGGAACUCCUACAUAGGACGUCACUGGAGAACCAGAAGCUGAGUCUUAUGGGGGAGGUGUCCUACCUGAAACUAAAGCUGGCAGACAUGGAGGGAAAACAGGGCCAUGGGGCUGAAAGGCAGCACAAAGCCGAGACUGUAGUGAAUUUCAUUAGUGAGCUGCAAGAGCAGAUGUGUAGGUUUCAGAAGGAGAUCAAUAGCAAGAUCCAGGAGAAAAAGGCUUUGGAGACCCCAGCUGACAGCAGCUCCUCUGUGGCAUGCCGCACUGAGUCCAGUGAGGGCAAGGGCUCAAAUCCCGGGCCGUCCUGUGACAGAACCUCAGGGGUGAUCCACAAACUAGAAGAGGCUCAAGUUGGGCCUGAUGGGAUCACACACAGCAUGGAAGCCGGUAGCUCAGAUGGAGAGCAGCAGCACCAGUGUGGAGGAGAAAGCGGUUUACUUAGGGAGCUCAGGAUUCUGAAGGACAAAGUGGAGCACCUGGAGGAUCAGAAGUUACAGUAUGAGAAGAAACUCAAAGCAACAAAGGCAGAGAUCAGCAGCCUUCAGCAGCUUCUGCUCAGUAAGAAUGCUGAGAUCGAGAGCUUACACACUCAGCUGCUGGCCAGACCCUCUCUAUCCACCGAGAGCUCAGAGAGAGAGGAGAUGUACAGGAAGAGGCUAAACGCCAAAUAUCAGGAACUGCAGAGGCUUAAGAGUGGAAUGAAAUCACUGGUUGCUGCCAAUGAUGAAAAGGACCGACGUAUUGAAGAGCUCACUCUGCUCCUGAAUCAGUGCAGGCAAUUCAGAGAGGUCAUUCACACGACAAGGCAAGCUCCACCUGCUGUUCAUUCAUUGCCAAAUGGUAGGACUCCUUCAAGCAGCAGUGAGGAAGAAGAGCAGGGGUUGAUGAAGAACACUGACUCUGCCAGCGCAAAAUCUGAGGAUGUAAAGUCUGAAGUUUCCACAAACAGUUCUUCCUCCCAGCAAACAUCGCUUUUAUCAAUCCAGAAGGACAGUGAUUCUAGAACAGAACCACAGACUCUAUCAAGUAGCAUGAAUGACUUAACAAAUGGACCUUCACAAAAGAGUGGUCUGGGUGACACCAGAAGUCAGACACUGCCUGUGAAUUCCUCUCUGUCAGAGCAAAACGGGAUCGAAGGCAGCAGCAGUGAAAUCCAGAGCCAAAGAUCUCCAGAUGGGAGUGAAGAUGGAGACUCCAGCCAAAGAAAGUUGGAGAAAGCUGAUGACAGCACGUCAAGCGAUAAUUCCCCUGUUCAUUCUGGGGCAAAUACACAACCUGGCCAACGAGCUGUGGGCUCACCAGAAUACAUGAAGAAUAACAGGAGCUUCAAGAGACUCUGGGGAAAACUUCGAAGAACCCAGUCUGGAGGGCUCCAGGCAGCAGAUCCAGAUGGCGGUCAGUUUAGAAGAGGGGGAUUGCGUGCUACAGCAGGACCCAGACUGACCAGGACCCCUGAAUCAUAUGACCCUGCACGUGAUAUGAAUAUUCCAUUCAGCCAGUGGACCAAGGAGCAGGUGUGUGGCUGGCUAGAGGACUAUGGACUGGGCCAGUAUGUCAGUCUCACCAGACAGUGGGUUGAAAAUGGACAGACACUGCUGUCGGCUACACCUCAAGACUUUGAGAAGGAGAUGGGUAUGAAGAAUCCACUGCACAGGAAGAAGCUGCAGCUGGCUCUGAGGGCAUUCACCACUAAAGUUAUAGAGAAAUCGUCAGACCUGGACCACAUCUGGGUCACCCGCUGGUUGGAUGAUAUUGGUUUGCCUCAGUAUAAAGACCAGUUCCAUGAGGCUCGAGUGGAUGGUCGAAUGAUACAAUACCUCACAGUGAAUGACCUCUUGACUCUAAAGGUCACCAGCCAGCUUCAUCAUCUCAGUAUUAAAUGUGCCAUUCAUGUCCUUCAUGCCAACAAGUUCAACCCCUACUGCCUUCGACGUAGGCCAGGGGAAGAGAAACAGCCCUCUCCCUCAGAGGUGGUGCAGUGGUCUAACCAUCGCGUGAUGGAGUGGCUAAGAGCGGUGGAUCUAGCUGAGUAUGCUCCUAAUCUACGGGGCAGUGGCGUCCAUGGUGGGCUUAUUAUCCUGGAGCCUCGCUUCAGCUCAGAGACCUUGGCUCUGCUGUUAAAUAUUCCUCCUCAGAAGACUUUGCUCCGUCGCCACCUUGCCACUGCCUUCUCUGCCCUGGUGGGGCCUCAAGCCACGCAGGAGAAGCGAGAGUAUGGCAAUGCCACAGGUCACGUUCCUCUCACUACUACUGCUAAAGUGAAGCCAAAGAAGCUGGGCUUCACCCAAUUCAGUCACCUGAGAAAGAGAAAACCUGAUGAAUCUGCAGACUAUAUCUGCCCAAUAGACAGUGGGGCGCUGACAGUGAAUGGGGUUUCCCGAUUGCCCUCUGCAGCACUCAGGGGCCUCAGCCCCAGCUUGGACAGACAGGCUGAGAGACGGGAACAGCUUGGGAUAAAAGCUGAGGCUAAUGGCCUAAAACAAUAAUUUAAAAGCUACCAUAAAGACACCACACUCAAGUGACUUUUGUGAAUCAGUGGAAAUUCUAACGCAGAAAUGCAUCGAAGAUGCAUCGAUGUGGUGGUUUGCUGGAUGAGCUGCAAAGAUGCUGUGUUUAGCAGGUGAUGUUAUUGUUGUUGAUGUAUUUUUAACCACAUAUCGCUUAUACAAUGUUCACCUAAAAUGGAAAUGAAUGAUGACAUUGUGUGAAAUGUUUUUAUGAAAGCUGCUCUCUGCAUUCCUUAUACAGUCAGAUUCCAAAGCUUAUACUUUAGCUUUAAAACAAUACAUUUUACUGACCAUUUUGUAUCUAAACAUUUGUAGAUUUAGUUUGGAUGUUGAUGACCUUUUCUUUUUAUGUAUCUGGAUUCACUCUCCAGUAUAAUAAUUGACACCAGUUACUUUGAGCAUUGAUGUUUCUCAUGCAGUUUCUUUAUGAGUGACGAAAAAAAAAAGAAAAUGAAAUAAUUUUGAUUCUUGAUGGUACA